CUUAAGUUCUCAUCGCAUUUCUAUCACCUUUCCACCUUCACGCAACAGGGCGGGCAAGCCGAAGCGGACGCACAAAAGCUCUUGUGUCUUGCCGACGCAUAUCUGAGAUCCAUACGUAUGUAAACGAAGGCCCCUAGCCGUAACAUCGUAAGGCCCACUGGGCACGCAAAUUCCUGACGAGCGGCCUCGACUGCUUGACCUUGUCGAAAUAUAAAUGGCGUUUACGCUAGACGACGAUGAGGAUUUCAUACCUCAGGGGACGACCAGUGCGUCAACGUCGGUUCCUGCGCCUGCAAGCGGGCCUGCACCUUCGCCUGCACUGGCCCUGCCCGCGAAACCGCAGCCCGGGCCUGCUGUGGCACCGCAGCCGCCGGCGAACGCCACAGGACCAGCGCCAAGCGCUGCGAAGCCUCUGGCGCCAGCUGCAGCCGCAGGUGCAGACCCAUCUCCCGCACUAGCGCCAGCGCCGCGGUCAACUGCAGCCCCUGCCGGAGCCUCCUCUCCACCUGGGGCUGCACCAGUGUCGGCGGUUCAUCCUGCGCCCGCAGCCACGGCUGCACCGGCUCCCACCGCUCUGGCUGUCGCUGGCCCCGUUCCCUCCGGAAGCGCCACCCUGCCUGCUGGCGGCGCCAGCGGGCUGCUGUCGCCCAUGGCCUCGUCCGGCCUCAGCUUCCGGCUGCCGGACCCGCCCAAGGCGCACGUGGACGCCGACCUGGGCGUGGGCAGCCUGACGGCGGCAGUAUCUGCCAUCGCGCAGAACCAGCAGAAGAUUGAGCAGACGGAGGCGCAGCUUCAGGCGCUGCUGCGGCACCAAGCCCGCCUGGCUGCCGCCAGCCGCCUGCUGGAGCAGCAGAAGGUGCUGGACGUGCUGGCGGGCGGCCCCACGAGCUUGGGAUACGACGCCGGCCGACCGGCGGCUGCCAUCAUCGUGUUCAGGUGUUGCCUGCGCUGGGGCGCCUUCAGCGGCGACGCUCAGGCGGCGGCGGUGCUGGACCAGCUGUCAGCGCUGCUGCUGCACGCCACGGACGAGGACGGCAUCAACGCCCGUCACACGGCCGCGGCGGCCAAGCGCUCCGCCGGCAAGGACGGAGAGGCGGACGUGGAGGCGGAUGCUGCCUUCGCCUCUGCCGCCGCCACUCGCGAGGUGGCCUACUGGCUGGCCGUCAUCUCCUGCCUACUGGCGCUGGUGGAGCCGUACCUGCCGCUGGCGGCCACGAACAGCGGCGCAGCCGCGGGUUCUAACGGCGUCGGCGGCGCUGCCGCAGCGCACGCCGUCACGCCGCUGGCGGCUGUGGCGGUGGAUGCGCGUGCGUCCAUGGCCCGUGCUGCCAGUGUGGCUGCUGCCAAGGUGCAUGAGCUGCAGAAGCGCAUGGAGCUGGGGUUCAAGGGCUUCCUCAUGCGGCGCAAGGGCGCAGCACCGGCGGAGGUGGUGACGGUGGCGACGAACGCGGCUGGAAGGCAGCAGCCGCAGCCGGGCGAGCAGGGCGUCCUCGAUGGCGGGGACAGCCAGGCGGCGCAAUCUCCUGCCCCCGACGCGGCGCAUGCGGACGCGCAGCACCCCGCGGCCCCGGCACCACCCGCGGCCCCGGCUCCCGCGCCGGCACCUCCCGCGACGCCCGCACCGCCGCCGAUCCCGCCCAGCCCGGCUGCCCAGCCUGGGCAGCCGUUCCGGCAGCACCUGGACCUGCUGAUGCAGAAGACGUACAACGCGCUGCGGGACAGCCUGAAGCGCCACGUCAGCGCGGUAUUGCCCGCCUGCGUGCAGCAGCAGGCGCCGCUGUCGCCGCAGACGUCGGGCGGCGGCGCGGAGGAGAGCGGCGGCGUGCUGUCCCUCGCACGAGCGAGCGUGGGAGGCGUGCCCGCAAGCGGUGAGGGCGCGGCGGCGUUGGAUGGUGCGCCUAUGUCGCCACUGGCGGUGCCCGCGGCUGCGCUGGAGCCGUGGCGGGAGCUGGUGGGCGUGUUGGCGCAACACCUGGCGCUGCUGCGCGCCACGCACGUGCCGCGCAUCCUCAUCCGCUGCCUGUUCAAGCAGACGCUGGCCUUCGUGAACGUGCAGCUGUUCAACCAGCUGCUGCUGCGCCCUGACUGCUGCUGCACCUCCAACGCGCGCUACAUGGUGGCGGGGCUGCAGCUGCUGGAGGGCUGGCUGGCGGCGCCCACCACCCCGUGCGACGGGGCCCAGCAGCCCCAGCCGCAUGAGGGGCCUGCGGGCGGCCACGAGGAGCUCUCAGUGCUGGCCGGCGACCUGCGGCACAUCCGGCAGGCCAGCCAGUUCCUGGUGCUGGCCAACAAGGGCGCCCUGCGCCUAGACGACAUCAUCGCCAUGUGCCCGGCGCUCAAUGUGCAGCAGCUGUACCGCCUCGCAACCACAUUCUGGGACGACUCGCCCAUGCCGCCGCCGCCGCCGCCCCAGCCGCAUCUGUCCGCGUCCCGCCACCUAUCCGCGGACUUGUCCCGGGCCACCAGCGGCGCCGGUGCCGCCGAGAGCACUGCGGGGGUUAACUCGUCGCCGCCCGCGAGCAGGGUGGAGACGGGCGGUGGGGCCGGGAAGGAUGAGAGCGCGGAGGCUGGAGAGCCUAUAGAGGAGGGGAAGGAAGAGGCGGAGGAGGAGACGGAGCAGGCCGACGUCCACGCUGCGGCUGCUGCGGCAGCGGUGGCAGCAGCGGAGGCCGCAGCGGCGGCGGACGAGGCGGCGGAUGGUCAGACGGUGGCAGCGGCACCGCACUACGCACAGCAAGACCCGGCCGCUUCCGCUGCAGCAGCGGUGGUGUCCCGGAACGUGUCCGGGGAGGUGCUCGAAGAGAUGAAGCGGCGGCACGCAGUGGCCAACAACGGCGGCCUCAUUGUCACGUUCCUGCUAGACGAGGACAGCACUGCGUUGAUCUCGCCGGGAGGGGUGGUGGCGCGGAAGCUGUUGACCAUCAUCAACGAGCCGCGCCUGCACGAGGGGCUGGCGGAGGGACUGCCGUCUGCACUGUGCGGCGACGACGUGCCGCCGCACGUGUUCGCCUACCUCACCGGGCCGGAGGCGGCGGUGCUGGGAGUCCAGUUGUCGGAGGCGGGUGCAGCGCCGAGUGAGGCCGGCAGCAGUAACAUGGCGCGGAUGAGCAGCCAGUAGACACGGAGGACAUCGAGGAGAGGAGGACAUGCUCGUAGAUGCUUAACAGGCUGUGCAAGUGGUGACGGGAUGGUGGGGGUGUGCAAAAGCAGGCAAGGCGCGUAGUGGCGCGGCAGCCAGGUGCAUGCGAACGACACAGUGCCGCAGUAGACAGGUUACUGAGUAAUACAGGACUAGCGCGGUCGGGGACGGCAACUCUAAGGCUCUACCGAGGCAGAAUCACCAGUAUUAUGGCGAUUACCUAGCUAGCCUACGCUAAUCGAUAACAAUGCGCACCGGACGCAUGGCUGUCCUUUGCCGCGGAGGCGCUGCCUUUACCAAAUCCGCUUUCUUCUGAUGCUCAAGCUCAUGGGCUUUGGCCGGCCACCGGCGCUGUGCCGGGAGCACCAGCAGCAGCAGGGCGUCGGGUGAUUAUGUGGGGCGCGGUGUAUGGAGGUGGCAUCCUGUAUGUUUAUCUGGGCGCUUCAUUGCGUCAAGCCAAUCGAGUUUGAGAUUCGAUUUUGUGGCGUGAGAGCCGCCUCACCCCGGUUAGUGCACGUGUUUGCGUGCUGUGCUGCAUUAGGGUGCCAAGCAGCGGAGUAAACCAGUAGGCUUGGCGUAAAGCGGGUAGAUGAAGGCUGACGUUUGGGCAAGGUCUAUCUGACGUGACAAGGCUUGGCAGACUGGUGAUCUGUUGGAGAGGUUUCGUUGUCGGCGUGGGUCGCGGUGUUCGUGCGAUUGGUGUUUAUGGUGGCGAUACUGGUGAUGGAGCUCGUGGGCUGCAGGCUCGCGCCCGCCGGCGGCAGUCCCGCGCCGCCGCCGCCACCUUGCGCGUUGCGACAGCCAUCUGUCGGGGCUGGUGGUUCCGGCAUCCCCGCCCGUAGCCAUGCAACCAGCCCGCCGAGUCACAGCGGGAGACCCAGGGGGGGGGGGUAGAAAGCUCAGAUUCUUACCCCAUGCUCAAAAUUACAGAGCUUUAUGAGAGCAUUAUGCACGUACUUUUAGUUUUUUAAGGAGGUGUCUGGUGAGGAAGUUCUGGGCCGCCAAAGUUGGGGGGUCGGUCCUCGUCCCUGGGGGUCCGUCGGGUUUCGGGAGCCCAUCCUGGCGGAUUUCGGGAAGCGCCCCACAAGCAGAACUAGGGGCCAAACGCAGCAGUACGAGGCUCAUAUGUGCACGUUAUGACGUAAUAAGCACAAACAAAGCGUGGGAGGGCCAAGUUGCGCGUCCGGGCGUGGACAUGUCGGGACAUGUCUCCACAUUCAACACAUGCGCACUGACACAGCUGGGCUCUGAAGCGCUGGUGCGCACGAGUUCACGCCUAACAAGGCUGCCGAUGCACAUGGUCCAUUCGUCACGCCGAGUCAUAGCGGGAGACCUGCUGGGAGGUUUCAGGCGAGUACGUGUCAGGCACGAGAACAUAGCCCAAGGGUAACGCCAGUGGCGACUGUUGUCCUCGCUA